AUGUGAAGUUUAAUGUAAGACGGCUAGCGUCUCGAAGUGAACAGCAGUGUGGUCUAUCUAGGGGAGGUUGGUUCAGUGUGGAUGGGGGUGUCUCAUUUCCCCGUUUGCCGGCGAGAGGGCUGUGUUUCCUGCUGGACUCGGACCACCUCCUCUCUGUCGUCACAUUACACCGCUACAAAGCUUCAUGGAGACACUGGACGCAGUCGACUCCGGCCAGAAAAGCGUAGCAUCGAAAUGAAGAUGUUUCUGAACGCGUUGCUGAGGUCGGCGAGCGGUGCGGGCUCGCGACAUGUGCGGCAGCAGCGCGUCGCGACGCUGGGGAGACGCGGGCUCUGCAGUAAGUCUGAGCCGAGCUUUGGGUUGCUGUUUGACAUCGAUGGGGUCUUGGUGCGAGGAAAGACCCCCAUCCCAGCAGCAAAGAGAGCUUUCCAGAAGCUGGUGGAUGCAACUGGACAGUUUGUGGUUCCGGUUGUCUUUGUCACCAACGCUGGCAACUGUUUACGACAGAAGAAGGCCGAUCAGCUGUCUCACAUACUGGGUGUUCCUAUAUCGCAAGACCAGGUCAUGAUGUCUCACAGCCCUUUGCGAAUGUUCAAGAAAUAUCACGACAAGUACGUGCUGGUGUCCGGACAAGGUCCUGUGCUCGACAUCGCCAAAAAUGUGGGCUUCACAAACGUGGUCAGUAUCGACAUGCUGCGUGAAUCUUUCCCUCUGCUGGACAUGGUGGACCACAACAGACGGCCCAAACUACCCUCUUCGCCUGUGGUGAACCUCCCCAGAGUUGAAGCUGUAGUUCUGUUUGGGGAACCCAUUCGAUGGGAAACCAACUUACAGCUCAUCAUCGAUGUGCUCCUCACCAAUGGCAAUCUGAGCAAUGCCUAUGAAACCACUCACUCCACUCACCUGCCGCUCUUGGCCUGCAACAUGGAUCUGAUGUGGAUGGCAGAGGCACAUUCACCAAGAUUCGGUCACGGCACUUUCAUGGUGUGUUUGGAGAACAUCUAUAAGAAGAUCACUGGCAAAGACCUGAAGUACGAGGCCCUCAUGGGGAAGCCCAGUGAACUCACCUACCACUUUGCUGAGUUCCUCAUUAGAGAACAAGCUGCUGAGAGAGGCUGGAGGGCGCCGAUCAGAUCCCUGUAUGCUAUCGGGGACAACCUGAUGACUGAUAUUUAUGGUGCCAACCUCUACAACCGCUACCUCGAUGAACGCAUGACCAGGAAGUCCACCAAAGCAGUGGCAAACAUGGUGACUGGAGCAGGGACGCCCGCCAGCGUCCCUCAGGUGGACAUGGACAACGGCUGGGAAAGUGAGCUUGCGUCGCCCUCCGCCACGUCCUGCAAGUCCAUCCUGGUGUGCACAGGCGUCUACAACCCCCACAUGGAGUUACCUAAAGACGCCAGCCAGUGCAUCAAAGAGACAGUCUUCCACGGCCACCGCGACUUCCGCUUCGACCCCGCUCUGGUGGAGCCGGAGAAGAUCGUGGAGGACGUGGACGCUGCUGUGGAGCUCAUCUUUGAGAUGGAGAAGUUCGGGACAGCCGUUUAGUGACGUAUAUAUAGUGAUGUUAAUAUCAACAGUCUGUAUGAAUCUGCCUUUCCAUCUUAGUAUGUGUUUAAUGGAGAAGACCUCCACAGAGAAGCACAAUGCUUAACUGAGAAAACAGGAGCGAUCGUUAAAGAUCUCGUGGCAUUUAGCUUUACUGGAUAGCAUGAUUUCAUUUUACCUGUCAAGUGUUCGUGGACCAACAGUAUUUUUUCAGAUGCUCUGACUGAACAGAUUUGCAUAUUCUACUCUCUAGUGUGAGUAGAGAGGCCACUGAGUCAUGGUUAGACUGAUGUGGGAUGAAUAAAAUGAGGGAAAACUGUGGCAGAAGCCCAGAAUGGAUUGAAUCUGUGACCUCCUGGAAGCAGUUUUCAGCUCCGACAGCUACUCUUCUGCACCCCUGGAUCGCAAGGGCUAUCAGUCUGCCUUUUUAAUAGACCAUUAGUACUUUAUCAUUUUUUUCACAGUUAAGUUUAACAUCAUAUUACAGUAACUUGCUGUUUUGUCGUUUUAGCAUUACAGGUCAUUUUUAUGGAGUUGUUUGUGUAAUACCUCAUAUUAAUUCAUCAUGUUCAGUAUUGUUAUCUUCGUUGUGCCAUUGUUACAUAGGUAACUGUUACAUUGUUAUGCCUCCAUUAUUUUUUUAUUAGCUUAUUUAAUGUUUGUUUUGGUUUCUGUAACAUUAUGGUGAGAUUUGCACUGAGACAAAACAACCUGCAGAAAAUAAAAGCCAUCCACUUGGA